AUGGAUGUGUGGCCCGGAUUCUUCAGUCGCGGCUCGCCGACGGGCGCCUCGGCUCCCGCCUCUCCGCGGCGUACUGCCGGCUCGCCGCCGGUCGUCGCGGCCGACGCACCGCGGUACGGCAUCGACGCGGCGCCGGGAGGGGCUCGGAUUUGGCUGUACCGGGACCUGACCACACACCCGGUGCUCCAGUACAUCGCCUGGGUCACUCUACCCAUCAGCCUGAUUCUCUUCUCAGCCGGUUUCGUACACAUCGUCUCCAAAUCGGCAGUCGGGUCCGGCAUUCCGGAGAUGAAGACCAUUUUGCGCGGCGUUCCUCUAGAUGAAUAUCUCACGUUUCGCACGCUGGUGGCCAAAGUAGUGGGCCUGACAGCCUGUCUGGGCUCCGGAAUACCGCUAGGAAAGGAGGGUCCGUUCGUCCACAUCGCCAGCAUCGUGGCCACCCUGCUCACCCGCAUGGUAACCUCCUUCAAAGGAAUCUACGAGAACGAGAGCAGGAACAGCGAGAUGUUGGCGGCGGCCUGUGCCGUCGGCGUGGCCUGCAGCUUCGCGGCUCCAAUCGGAGGUGUGCUGUUCAGCAUAGAAGUCACAUCGGUGUACUUUGCCGUUCGAAACUACUGGCGCGGAUUCUUCGCUGCCGUGUGCGGGGCAAUGGUGUUCCGACUGCUGGCUGUAUGGUUCGAGGAUGAAGAAACGAUAACUGCCUUAUUCAAGACGGAUUUCAAGGUGGAUUUCCCAUUCGAUCCGCAAGAGCUAUUCGUAUUUGCUUUAAUUGGGGCUGUGGCCGGGUUCGCUGGUGCUUUCUUCGUGUGGCUGCAUAGGAGAUACGUCGUCUUCAUGAGAAGUAAUUCGUGUAUGAAGAGCUUCUUGUCCAGGAACCGGUUCCUGUACCCGUUUCUGGUGGCACUGCUGAUCUCAUCCACGACGUUCCCGCUGGGGCUGGGACAGUUUUUGGCAGCGGACCAGACCACUCACGAUCAGGUGCUGGAGCUGUUUGCCAACUUCACCUGGUCCUCAAGUGAUCUCACGGUGGACGAGGCUGAGGCAGUGAAUCACUGGACGAACCCGUACACCAGCUUCUACGCCAACCUCUGCAUCUACAUUCUAGUCACGUUUGGCAUGUGCGUGGUGGCCUCAACGCUGCCGGUACCCUCGGGCAUCUUCAUCCCGGUGUUCAAGAUGGGCGCGGCGUUCGGCCGUCUGGUUGGCGAGCUGCUGGCUAUGUGGUUUCCACAGGGGGUGCGCUACGGCGGACACAUCUCACCAAUCCGGCCAGGGGGCUACUCGAUCGUGGGCGCGGCGGCUCUGGCCGGCUCCGUCACGCACACCAUCUCUACCUCAGUGAUUGUGUUCGAGCUCACCGGACAGAUCACUCACAUCCUUCCAGUCAUGAUUGCUGUUCUGAUUGCGAACGCCGUAUCACAGCUCCUGCAGCCGUCCAUUUACGACAGCAUCAUCCAGAUAAAGAAGCUGCCCUACCUGCCAGACAUUCUCACCUCCACCAAUGCCUACUCGAUAUACGUGGAAGACAUAAUGGUGCGUGAGGUGAAGUACAUCUGGCACGGCAUCAGUCACCGGCAGCUGCGGCAGGUGCUGAGGGAAAACAAGAAACUGAGCAGCGUCCCGCUGGUCGAUUCUCACGAGUCGAUGAUUCUCCUGGGCAGCAUCAAACGGAAACACCUCGUUCUGUUGCUGGAGAAACAUCUGGGCCGGGACCGCAGGAUGGAGGUGGUCACUCGCUGGCAGAGAGCAGCACAGAAGGUGCGUCUGAGCCGGCCCAACCGCAACUGGAAGGACCUGGUGGCACUGGCCACCCUCGAACGCCGCGAGGAGCUGCGCCGCGAACACGAGGCUGCCGAGGCGGCCGACGUGGCCGCCUGCCCCGAGCCGCCCGCCGAGGAGGAGCCCUCCGUGGUGGAGGUAUCCGGAGCGCGGCUCGCCUGUCCUUCAGAUGACGAGCGCGAGACGGAGGAGGAGCCGGUGCCGGUCAGGAGGACGUCCAGGUUCGCCGUGACGCCCGUGAAGCUACCGUCGCUGCGGCUGUCCGGUGCUGAGGCAGAGGAGAAGGAGUCAGACCAGGAGGCAGGUGUCGUCAGAUCGUCGAGUCCGACGCCGUCCGACGCGGCGGCCGGCCGUCGGCCGCUCAAGCCCAUCCUGAAGAAGACCAACUCGUUUCGACUGUCCCCGAGCAGCCGCGAGGCCGGCCACGUGCCAACGCCCUACGCCACCGUCACCGGCGGCACGGGAGACAGCAGGAUGCAGACGGCGCUGGACCAUGUUCUGCAAUCAGCACCCUCAGCCGACGGGAAGAAGGCGGCCAGCAGCGGCGAUAGUCCCGAGGACGAAAACUGCGCGCGCGAGGAAAAUCCGCCACGGUCGCGGCUAACUCCGACGGAGAAACGCGUCACCCUGCCGGUCGAGAGAGUAAUCGACAUGUCUUACGAAGACCAGAAACUCUGGGAGGAAGAGGAAUUGGACAAGGAGGUCAACUUUGAAGAUUGCAAAAUAGAUCCGGCCCCGUUCCAGCUAGUGGAGCGCACCUCACUGCUGAAGGUGCACUCGCUAUUCUCAAUGCUGGGACUGAACCACGCCUACGUCACAGCCAUCGGCCGCCUUAUAGGAGUCGUCGCCCUCAAAGAGCUGAGACAAGCCAUCCAGCGAGCGAACCACUUCAGUCCUGACGAGGACGUGGAGUCCGACUCGGCGAGCUCGGCAGCCAGCAGCGUGUCUCACCUCGGCCUCUUACCCCGGGCUGUCACCGAGCAGGACGCCCCUUCUCACCGUCUUACCGAGGACAGGGGCGCCCCUUCUCGCCGUCUUACCGAGGACAGGGGCGCUCCAACUCGGAUCCCCAACUCCGUGGAAACUUGAUCUCGACUCAGGCCACUCAAAAGCAUGUUGAACUGUUCAAGCAGUGUAUUCACAGACUCCAUAAGAGACACUGGAUGGACUCGGUGAUCGAGUCGGCGUCUGUAUCUACGCGUGUGUAGAACUGGGGAUAUUCAGUAAAUGCUCAAAUGAUGAUACGCAAGUUAGCGUUCAUCGAAUUGGAGUGAAUGAUUGUUUUAUGCUUGUGCUCCUCAGAGUUCGUGAGAGUGCGUAUUUGUUUGGAGUGAAGUGUGUCUUGAAAGAUUUUAAACUUUUCUUCGACGGUGGUAUGCGUCUAUCGGUAUAUAACAAAAUAUAGUGUACGGUAUGUGCUUUCCAACUUCUAAUUGCCGCUUGCAUCUGUAUCUAGAUCCGCGCACCUUUAUCGAAAUGAUGUUAAUCAGCACCCGACUUGCUUAAGUAGAAGGUGGCAUUUGAAAGAGUUAUUGUGUAUAGUGGCUUGCUAAUUGUGACUUUUGUUUCUUACUUCUUAUCAAUUUGCUGCCUUCCAAUGGUUUGACUGGGCUAAUCAUGACAAUUUUAUUCGACAGCUUGUGGACAACGGCAAUUGAUUGUAGUGCCUUCCUAAUGAAAAGCAAUUGCAAACUACAUCAGAAGUCAGUAGUCACAUGAAUUCCCAGUUCAGUGUGGACUGGUUACAUUCAUGGCUCAUGAUUUGUCCGGGCUACGUGCACACAUAUAAGGAAAUUUAGCCAGACGGUUUCAUUUUCAUUUCACAUCCAACGUGGUUUCACAUAAUCGCUCUCAAUCCUUCCACCCCACCUGUCUUUUAUCGUCGUAUCAUGAUGAAGCUAUUCUGAACCCCGUUCAGUCUUCUCCACCAUUCCAUGCAUCACCAUCGGUCGUCAAGGCGUCACCCAGCCAAUCAUUUUGUUCCCCACAAGCUCGCUCGGAGGUGGGCAUGGGCCGAUGAGGCGCGUCUUCAGGGCGUCUUCACGGACUGCGGGCUUCUCUAGAGUGUCCUCAGGAACUGCGGGCAUUUCUAGAGUGCCCUCAGGGACUGCGGGCAUUUCUAGAGUGUCCUCAGGGACUGCGGGCAUUUCUAGAGUGCCCUCAGGAACUGCGGCGUGUCUGGGGUGCCCUCAGGAACUGCGGGCUUCUCUAGAGCGCCCUCAGGAACUGCGGGCAUUUCUAGAGUGCCCUCAGGGACUCCGGGCAUUUUUAGAGUGUCCUCAAGAACUGCGGCGUGUCUGGGAUGCUCAUAGGCACUGUGGGCGUCUUUGAGGCGCCCUCAGGGGUGGGUGUCUCUAGUGCGGUCGCAGGAACUGAUAGCGUCUUAAGAUCGCCUUUAGGGAUUUCGGGUGUUUUCGUGUUUUUUUGCAGGGACUGCGGAAGUCUCUAGAACGCCCUCAGAGACUUUGGAUGUCUCUACUCUCUAGAGCGGCGCCCUCAGGAACUGCGUGGUCUCCCAGUGUCUGGCCAAUGUCACAGCUGACACAGUAUGCCGGCUACGACCGCUGUCGAGAGACAUGGUCCUCGACUGUAGGACUCUGUGACAGAACAGUCGCCUGACACGGGCGUCUCUGGUACGAGCCUUGUAUGGUAUGGCUGCACCGGUUUCUGUCGGACUCCAUCCGUUACUGGGGCCCUAGAGAGGAGAAGUGAGACGGCAGAAAAAACAGAUCACCGUCCGCCGCGGCGGACGCUCCGAGCCGCUCUACUGUCGGCUCGACCUCCGAUGUCAUCCGGCGGAGUUAUGGGUUGGAGAAGAAAUUCCUGUUGGCGAUGUUUUGGGGAUAAAGAGAGCACACCUACCAUAGCCACCCGACAGAUCCUGGUUUUUGAUAGUGACUGUGUUAUGUGUCAUUUUAUGUUGCUUCAAGGGAUUGUCUUUUUCGGCAUGGGCAUUGGGUAAGGACUAAGGAGUAAGGGAACAUUGGGAUAUAGGGUUUCGCCAAGGGGUCACUGCAACUUAUAAUCACUGUAUUUACGGCAUGUGGUCAUUUUUCGGUCGAUCGAUUCGUGCCACUCAGUCGCAACAUGCAUAGAUAUUAUAUCUCUCAACAUUUACACAAGCGCAGUCGCCAAACUACAUAGAGUAUGCGAUUGUGUUUCGUUAUUCCUAUAUGUGAAUGUGAUGACAAAUUUGUUCAGUGUGCUGCAAGAGGCAGUAGUUAUCUCAAAACUUAUCACGCAUUUGUCCACUAUCGUCAUUGUAAAUAUAACCAUAAAACAUGCGCGUAUAUAUGGAUGGUGCGUGAACUGUUGACUCACCUUCGUUUAAUAUGUCUAAAUACAUACAUUGCGAAAUCGUGUGAA